AUGAUGGAUAAAAUUUGGAUUUUCCAAAAGAAUAGAGUAUCACUGGAGUAUUUUGAUGGACUUAAGAGUUUUAUUAAGUUAUCAACUUUGCAUUUAAAUGGUGAAAAUAAGAUUCGAUGUCCAUGUGUUUCAUGUAUGAACUAUUAUCAUGACUUAGAGACAAUUGAGCGUCAUAUAUUCGUAAAAGGAUUUUAUACCAAAUAUGUUAUGUGGGAGUUUCACAGGGAAGAUAUCACAGAAGUAAAUGAAGAUCAAGAAGAAGUAGAAUCAAACAGUGAAGAAGACAUACCAUAUGACAGUGAUGAUGAUGAAGACAAUGACGAUAUGAUACUAGCAUUAGAAGAUUUAGCUAGUCAAUAUCAUAGGAAGAGUGAUUUUGUGAACCUUGGAGAUUCAAAUGAGCACAAUGAUGAAAGGAAUACAUUGCCUGACUUAUUUGUAGAAGCAGAAAAGGAGUUAUACUUUGGAUGUACAACGUUCUCAAUCUUAACAUUUAUUGUUAAUGUAAUGCACAUUAAAGUAAUGUGUGGUUGGAGUAACAAAUCAUUUGAUUUGUUGCUCGACUUACUUUCGAAAGCAUUUCCCAAAGACAAUAAAAUUCCACGAUCUUAUUAUGACGCUAAGAAAAUGUUGCGUGAUCUUAGUUUAGGGUACGAAACUAUUCAUGUAUGUGAGUAUGAUUGUGCUUUAUUUUGGAAAGAGAAUAAAAAUGUUGAAAGAUGUCCUAUAUGUGGUCAUGAACGAUACAAAUUCCAAGGAACUAAAGGCAAGAAGAUCCCACACAAAAAGAUGCAAUAUUUUCCUAUAACUCCACGACUACAGAGACUUUUUAUGUCACGCCAUACAUCAUCUAAUAUGAGGUGGCAUAAGGAAGAACGUGUUGAUACAAAAGGUGUACUUAGACACCCGGCAGAUGCAGAGGUUUGGAAGGAUUUUGAUAGACAAUAUCCAGAUUUUGCAAAAGAAUCUAGAAAUGUAAGGCUUGGAUUUGCAACAGAUGGGUUCAAUCCAUUCGGUGAUUUAUCAAACUUGUACACAAUAUUGUGGACGAUCCAUGAUUUUCCAGCAUAUGGUAUUGUAUCUGGGUAUAGCACUCAAGGUUAUAAAGCUUGUCCUGUUUGUGAAGAUGACACAUCUUCAUUUUGA